AUGCAUGUAUCCUCUCUACUGCUUCCUAAGAAAAUUCUGGUCCAAAUAUCGAACAUUCUCUUUCAAAGCCAUGGCUUCAACAUCGCUCGCAAUCGCAAGCUGGGAGAGCCCGAUUUUGCCCAAUGGGAUUACACGGGCCAGCAAUUCAAUCUGGGCGUGGAUGAAGUAGACCUGGAAGAGUGUGCUCAGAAAGAAUGUGCCAUGGCUGUGAUGUACUCCGGCAGUACGGAGAAUAUAUACGAAGAUAAUGCGGUCGAUGACCCCGAUUAUAUUGUUGAUCAUACCGGUGAAUUCCACAACGGUUAUGAGUAUGAUUCCGAUUACGAGUCCACGGAUGCUAUGAGUCUUUCCGAAAGUGACGAAGAUGCUCAUGAUGAGGAGCGUGAAAUGCAAUGGUACCACGACUGGCUCUCCACCACUUUAGAUCUGGGAUCACAGCGGGGAGAGCCCAUCCGGGCUCUGAGUGAUCUAGCAAGCAAGCAAAGAACUGAGCUGAGCUUCCCGGUGACAUCGAAUGGGAUACCCGAUGGAUAUACCGAAGAACAACUAGAGCAUAUCGGUGGACCAAAUUGUACAGAACACAAUGCCUACUCUGGUUACACCAUCUCACUCGAGGACAUGAGAGGCUGUCGAACCGCUCAAUUUCUAGUCCAUAGAGACCAGGCGAACGAGAAUUGGCGACCCGAUAGUUUGUGCGAAGACUGGGAGCUCUCUCAGCCGUGGUUUCUCUCCGGUUUGUCAGAUGGAAUGAAUUCACGCGAUAUGGGACCAGACGAAGUCUUCCCGGCAAGAGGAGGUGUCUCUCAUCCGUGGGCCGACAAUAUCAAUUUUGAUCCAGAAAAUAUGCAAGAGGAUGAAUUCGCAAUGCCCUUCCACCCAUGGUGCUUCGACAUCUUCUGCCGCCAAUCGCAGACCCGUUUCAACCGCAUAAACAUCGCAGGACUCAUCAAGUGGCGCGAUUCCGAAUUCUCUUACGACGACUUCCACGGCUUUCCUCGCUGCGCCGAAGUGCUCAGCGCACAGGAGCAAUUCUGGGGCCACGAACCGGGAAGCGAGUUUCUAGCGGCUAACCCACUCCAUGUCCCCAAUCUCCCUUCAAUUCUCAAGGCUGCAGUCGGGGAUGCCAGCUUCGAUGCCUCAGCGGGCGUGUUUGACCUGUCUUCACACAUGAAUCAAGACACAAGCGUGCAUGAUCCUCUUGCAACUCUACCGUUGGAGAUCCAACACCUCAUUCUCGGGUUCCUCGGUUCUCGCGAUAUCGCAAACCUGAGGCUCGCAUCUAGGGCUUUUCAACAGCUCCCCAACGGGCUGUGGUACCGUCUUGUUCGCGAAGAAAUGCCCUGGCUAUGGGAAGCAUGGCCGGAGACAGAAUGCGCACAUACGCCGUCGCGCUGGACUGAAAUGACCGCGAAUGAGACCAAACUGUUCUAUCAAUAUACGGAGACCUACAAGAGCAGGCUGACGAGUGAGGGGCAGUAUUCUUCUGACGCUGUCGGUGAUCUUCACCCGUGGCCGAGGACACCCCAGAUUCGACUACCCCGGAAUGCAGCAAACUGGUACCAGCUCUAUACUGAUGUGCGUCGCAAUUGGGGCCAGCUGAAAGGCUUGCAGAAUCGUAAGCGCAUUUGGGAAGAUGUGGAAAAAAUCAUCGCUAGGAUCUACAGGUAUAGCGGGGAUGAUAGCUUGUCAAGUUAAUUUCGGAUUGUAUUGUAUACUGGAU